GUAAAGCGGGAGCUGGACUCACUGAUGCGGGAGAUGAGCAGCAAAAGGAGACAAGAGAACAGCAGCUGUGUCUCUUCUGCUGCUGAAGAAGCAAGUUAUUGGCGGGGACUUAGCCAGCAGCAGCAGCAGCAGCAGCAGCAGCAGGCGCAGAUGCAGCAGCUGCUGCUGAUGCCAGCUGAGCAGCAGGCCUUGAACGAUCAGCACCAGCAGCAGCAGCAACAGCAGCAGCAGCAAGAAGAGCAUAGUGUGUGGCAGCCCGACGCCUUUCUGCAGCAGCAACAGCAGCUUCAGCAGCAGCAGCAACAACUGCAGCAGCAGCAGCAACAACUGCACCACCAGCAGCAGCAGCUCCAGCAGCACCACCAACUGCAGCAGCAGCAGCAACUGCAGCAGCAGCAACACAUGUUUCCCCAUUUGCAGCAGCAGUACAGGAGCUCGGGGUGUACCUACACUGAUGUGCCUGCACUGCCAGGAACAGCAACUGCAGCAGCAACAAGAACAGCAGCAGCAGCAGAAGCCGCAGCAGAAAAAGGACAACCAGCGCCAGCAGCAGCAGAAGCAUCAGGAGAAGCAGCAGCAGCAGCAGCAGCAGCAGCAGAAGCCACUAACGGCCUCGCCUAUGACAAGGCCCACCAAUAUAUGGCGGGCCCUCAUCAAGAGCCCUUCAGCUGCGCACCCACAGCAGCAACAGCAGCAGCAGCAGCAGCAGCAGCAACAGCAGAAGCAGCAACAACAGAAGCAGCAGCAGCUGCUGCCGCAACAAAAGCAGCAAGGACAGCAGCAGAUGAAGACUUUGGCGAGCAGCGGCUGCUGCUCCCAGGUGUCGCAUCAGUACUGCACCCCCUGCAGCAGCAGCAACAGCAACAGCAGCAGCAGCAGCAGCAGCAGCAGCAGCAGCAGCAAGACAGUGCCGAGACUGGUCGCAGCGUCGACAGCAGCAACAUGGAGUCCCUAGUGCAGAGGCUGCUAGACUGCACUCAAGAACCGCAACAGCAACAGCAGCAGCAGCAGCAGCAACAGCGCCCAUGCGCUGCAGAAGAGAUGGCAGCAACAGCAGCUGCAGCAGCAGCAGUCACUCCAGGUGCAGCCGCACCAUAUCAAGCUGCGAGACAUUCCCAAGUGUCUCAGCAGCAACAGCAGCAGCAGCAGCCGCAGCAGCAGCAGCAGCAAGAGAAGAGUGCAAAUCUGCUGCUGCAGUUGUGGGAGCAGAUGCAGCCAAAGGACUCUUUGCCCACAGCUGCAGAGACGCAGCAGCUGCUGCUUCACCUGAAGCAGCUGUUUGUUGAUUUCAGCAGCAAACGGCGGCGGCGGCAGCAGCAGCAGCAACAGCAACUGCAGCAGCAGCAACAGCAACUGCAGCAGCAGCAACAUCUGGAGGAGCAACAGCAGCAGCAGCUGCAGCAGCAACAACAGCUGCAGCAGCAACAGCAGCAGGAACUGCAGCAACAGCACCAGCAACAACAGCAGCAAUUGCAGCAGCAGCAGCAGCUGCAGCAGCAGCAGCAGCAGCACCAACUGGAGCAGCACCAGCAGCAGCCGCACGAGCAGCUCCAUCAAUUACACCAGCAGCCGCUGCAGCAGCAGCAGCAGCACCAGGAACGGCUGCAGCAGCAAAGCUUAUCAUAUCCGUCCGAAGCCCGCCACUUGGGCAACGGCGCCAAGCAGCAGCAGCAGCGGCAGCAGCAGCAGCACGAAAACCAGCUGCAACAGGAACUGCAGCAAGCGCCGUCUAGAAGUGUAAAUUUCAUUGUGCAGCAGCAGCAGCAGCAACACCGAGAGCAGCAGCUGCUGCAGCAGAGCCAGCAUGCUUCUCGUGCACAGCGAGCGCAGCAAGCUGAACUGCAGCAGCAGCAGCUUCAGCAGCAAGAGCUGCAGCUCCUACAGCAGCAGGUCCAGCAGCCGCAGCAGCAGCAGCAGCACCGGCAGCAGCAGCAAUAUUCUCUGCAGGCGUUACAGCAGGAGGCCCUCAGCCAUUCUGCUGCUGCUGCACCCAAAGAGCAGCUCCAGCUGUGCAAGCAGGCUGAGCAGCACCAGCACCUGCUGCUGCAGCAGCAGCAGCAGGACCAGCAGCAACAGCUGCAGCAGCAGCUGUUGCAGCAGCAGCAGCAAGUGUCUGCAGGCACUUGGAGCAGCAGCCAGCAGCAACAACAGCAACAGCACUACUGGGGUCCUGCAGCGCCGCAGCUGUCUGCCGCUGGGGCCCCGCUGCCGCAACCCUGCAGCAGCAGCUGCAGCAGCAGCUACAGCAGCAGCUGCAGCAGCAGUUACAGAUGCAGCGCAAGCAGCAGCUGCAGCAGCAGCAGUUACAGCAGCAGCAGUAGUUACAGCAGCAGCUCCUGUCCAGCCAGCAGCUGCAGCAGCAGCAGUGGCAGCAGCAGCGGCAGUUACAGCGGCAGCAGCUGCCCAAGCACCAUCUGCAGCAGCAGCAGCAGCAGCAGCAGCGGCUGGCCGUUCCCGGCCCCGCCUCCGUACCCAUUUGCUGCAGCAGCACUCAAAAGCCGCACAGGGGGGCCCCCGGGGGGCCCCCUGAGGGGCCCCCUUGAGGGCCCCCCUAGGGAUAGGCUUGGGGGCCCCCCUAGGGGGCCCCCUGGGGGCCUUCUUGGGGGCCCCCUAGUAACCCCUGCGGGGGGGCCCCCCUUGGGGCCCCCCGGGGGCCUCAUUCGCGAGGGCUCAGUUGCAGCAGCAGCAGCAGCAGCAGCAGCCUAA